AUGAGAAGUCUUAUAGCGGUGGAGAAUUACACUGCUGUUAAUGAUGUCGCAAUGAACAAUGAGAAAACAGAUAUCCUUGUAAUUUCGGUUACUUUUUCGAGUGGCCCUAAUUGGCUGGCGCAAUACGAGGACGGUAUCAAAGCGAAAUUGCUCCUGAAUUUAAUGACGAAACAGAAUUGUUUUUGGCAACUUCUGAAACAUUCAAAUCAUUCUCACGAGUCAUCGACGACUAUAGAACGGAAGACGAACCAUGAUCUAUCAAACUAUCACUUUAUACAUUGCGAUCAGUUGAAAUUGAACGCAUAUUGGAGUUUCCUGACUUGCAUAAAUUUCAUGGAAGACAAAAUCCUAAGGAAACCAUUCCUUUGUGUAGGAAUAACCCAAGCUCAAUUGCAUGGUAUUUUUAACUCAUCGGUGUAA